UUGCGCCACUUCCAGUUCCGAUUCAAAACGCCGCGAAAGUUUAGCCCUCCAAAAAUACCUCACAUAUCCAUUUAAAACAAGCUCCAGUGCCAAUAAAAUUAUGGCGAAAGUACUCAUAGAGAAUGUCAAAGUAUUGGACAACCCAACAUCCUACCUUAACCCUUUUCAAUUCGAGAUAACAUUCCUUUGCCUGGAAGACCUGUCGGAAGAUUUGGAAUGGAAGAUCAUCUAUGUAGGAUCAGCUGAAUCUGAAGAUCAUGAUCAGACGUUAGACUCAGUUCUGGUUGGACCUGUACCAGCUGGACACCACAUGUUUGUAUUUCAGGCCAACUCACCGAAAACAUGUCUGAUCCCUGAGGAAGAUGCCCUAGGUGUAACAGUGGUGCUGAUUACAUGUGCUUUUCGUAGUCAGGAGUUUGUCCGAGUCGGUUACUACGUCAAUAAUGAAUAUUCAGAUCCAGAAAUGAAGGAGAAUCCACCAGCAAAACCACAGUUUAAUAAGGUCGUCAGGAACAUCUUAGACUCCAAUCCUAGGAUCACUCGGUUCACGAUAGACUGGGAAGACACAAUGAACAGUGAGAACAUUCCACCGACUCAACAACAGCAAAACAUCUCACAGCAAUCAACGAGUAGCGCCCCCUGCCCCUCCCCCCUCGACAAGCUCACAGCUUCAAAUGACUUAGCCGUUCCACUCAGCACCGACAGUAAUAGUAGCUUACCAGAAUAUGUAUCAGCAAUGGAACACUAAAUAUUUAUUUUUACCGUAGUGUUUUUUUUUUUUUUUUUUUCAAUGUGCUGUACAUAGUAUAAUAGAAAUUUUCUAAAUGGCCAUCAAAGUAUACUUGCAUGUGAUUUUGAAAUUCGGUGAAACUGUCUCGAAAUCUUUUGUAUAGUAUUUUCAGACGUGUGUUUAUGUCAUUCAAGCGUGGAAUUUGAUCUCUGACAGGGCAAGGUCAUUUUCAUUGUAAGUUCUUGAAGUCUAUGGUUAUCUUUUGAAGGGGUAUCAAGGCCAAUGCCAGGGCAACAUGUCUGGUGUAUAUAAAAGUUGCCCGCUUCCAGUGGUUGAUUUUCAGUUUAACCUACACUGUACCACAAGUCUCACAGCUCAGAAUUUGAACAAUUUGUUUUUGUUCAAGAUAUUACACAACUAGGUUCAAUUUUUAAUUGGACAUAGAAUUAGGACACGGUUGUUACAGGGUAAUGACCUGGUAUUACACUCAGCACUGAUGACACUCAAAUUUAUUGGCCUCGAGCCUGUGGUCUGGUGUAAACUUUGAGCUCUGCAAUUGGCCACUCGUUGCGCUGGCAAUAGGUGUAUGGAGUUAAGAACACAAGAUCCAUUUUAUGUGGCACUUUGUAAGGUUUCACCAUCUGAGCCAACCAUGCCAGAAAACACCAUGGCAAACAUAUAAUAAAGUAUAGUCAAAUACUCACAUUUGUUUAUGUUUACACCCCUUUUAUUAAAGUAAGUGUGGAAAUAUUUACAUAACUUUUGCUAAAGAUGAUACUUUUUACUGUAUUUCGUGCCUUUAGUCCGAGACACUUUUUGUACAUUCUGGAUUUUUGUACGUGUUAGAAUAAGUCAUAAUCCUAGAAAUGUAUGUGGUUUCCGAACUUUGUGACAGUAGUGUUGGUCUGAUGUAAUGUGUUGUGCAACUACAUUAAAGGGACUGGACGCUAUUGGUAAUUACUCAAAGUAAUUGUCAGCCUAAAAACUUACUUAGUAAUGAGCUAGGAGAG